UCCGUCGUCGGGGUCACAAUAAUUGCUGGCGACCAGCAGCCGCCGGUGCAGCGGUACUGGUUCCCGUACUGGACUAGCCCCCCGCAACCGCCGCAUCCACCUGCUCAUCGCCCGGCGCCUCGCUUGCAGCUAUCGAGGCAGGACUCUCACCUUGCGUGGCCGCAGUCGCCGCAAGUAGUGUCUUCGCCCUCACGGCGGCCGCCUCAACCAACGUCAACGACGACGGUAUCCAGCGGUGCUGGUGCUGCUUCUCCUCAGGCCCAGCCGCAGCCGACUCGGCUGUUCAGCAGGCCGUCCCCAUCCCGCGCUCCGCCGCUCUCGUCCAUCAGAGAGCCCAACGCUCCGCCGUACCAAGCCCACGAAGGUCGUCAAGGAGUUGGCCAAGAAGAAGGUUUCGAGACACGACAGCAGCGAGCACGACUUCCAAGCUGCACAAGGAGCUCAAGGGCGGGCGUCGCCGACAUGGUGCAAAAGAUCAGCGCCACGACGCCGUCGUCCAGCGGCCACAAGCUCGCAGCCGUGGCUGCCGGGCCGACCGUCAUCACGCUGACCGGCGAGAACAAGGGUGCGUCCAUGAAGAUAGACAGUGUCGCCAACGGUAAGAACGUGGCGGGCAAGGAGCGCCGCGGUCACAGGCUUGACGCCGCCGAGAGGGAGGAGGCGGCCGGGGCCAAGGGGCUGACGUCGUUCAUCAACAGCAACGUGCAGGUGACCAACAACUCGCUUCUGCUGCAGAGCUCCUGCAGCGGCGGCAACCCGGGGGUGCACCUCAAGCUGACCACCAAGUCCAAGAAGAAGGAUGCCGGGGGUGAACCCGGAGGCAAGGGUAAGAAAUGAGGUCCAUGGGCGACGGCGCUGUCCAAUAACAAUCAAAUCAAGCAAUCAUCAUCGGUGUGCAUGAUGUAAACAUAGUGUUAUAGGCUGAUGAGCACCAGUGUGUUGCGUGUACAAAUAGCACAUGUAUCCGACUUCGAAAUAGUACAUGAUGAACGCUGGUGAACUAAACUUGUGAUCAUCGA